AUGACAGCACGUGGGACGAGCGAACGCAGUUGCAAUCCAUUCGUACGCUUCGCAUUGGCUUCAGGGCGCGAGGACAAUAGCGUCAACACGGACGUCAAGAGAGAGUUCGGUGUGCACGAGUUCGAGCACACCUUCAAGCACCCGAAGGAGUGCGUAACAAGCCGUUCGGUGGGAGGCGUCCAGUCUGACGUCAAGCCAGAGACCGUCACCACCCGGCAACCCCUUGAGGUCCAGUCCGCCAGGCCCAAACGCGACGUCAGGGAGCCAACUGCACGCCUCGCGCUCCUGCUAAAGCUCUAUGAAGCACGAAAAGAUAUGGCCGACACCUCCGUCGACACGUUUGGAACGCACGUGUGCGUAGCCCCUGGCGUCUCGAGCGCCAAAGUCGAGCGCUUCCAGCUACUCGUAGCAGCGCUGCUUAGCUCUCAGACUCAAGACUCGAUCACGUACGCAGCAAUGCAACGUCUGCAUCGACUCGGAGCGAGUGAAGAAGGCUUUACGAUCGAGACCUUGCAGGCCACAAGCGAAGACGAGCUAAGGGCAGUGCUCAAGCCAGUGGGGUUCUACCGUCGCAAGGCACGUCAACUCAAGCAAGUAGCGGACACCCUGCGCACGCACUAUCACGGGGACAUUCCUCGUGCACUGGAGCAGCUCCUCGAGCUGCCAGGCAUUGGAUCCAAGAUCGGCCGUUUGGUCGCGCUACUUGCAUGGGGACACGUGGAUGGCAUUGUCGUCGACACACACGUUCAUCGCGUAGCGCAGCGACUUGGCUGGGCGUCGACCUCAACUCCGGAAGACACGAGACGAGCGCUCGAGGAGUGGGUCCCUCGCGAACACUGGGGCAGCCUGUCCCUCGCGGUCGUGGGCUUUGGCCAGGCCGUGUGCACUGCAGCGCGCCCUUCGUGCUCGACGUGUCCACUAGCUCCCACGUGCCCAAGCGCGUCUACGAUUGAGUCCCCUGAUACGAACCGCAGCACAAACAAACACGCGGGCAAGAAGCGCCGCACGCGUGACAGCACCAAGUCGGACGCUUGA